UUGUGUGCGCCGGAUGUUCUUCUACAACGUGUUGAAGGAAAAUUUCACGUGUGCGUGUUUUAUCCUACAUUUUACCAUCAGAAGUCGGCUCAACAAGUAACAGAUUUAACUAGUGGCCUUGUAGCUGAGAGUCAUGGGUCGGAAGUUGGAUCCCACCAACAAGGUGAAGAGAGGCCCCGGGAAGAAAACCAAGAAGCAGCAAGGGGCAGAGACCGAGCUGGUCAAGUUUCUAACUGAUGAGGAUACUGGACCAAAACGUCUGUCAAGUCGAGGCAGGAAAAGAGCUGCAAAGAGAGACCAAAAAUUGAAAACGCCUAAAGAUGUUGUGGAGCCCAAGAAAGGAUUCACUGAUGAGAACAGUAAAUGGCUGACACCGGCAAAGAGGAAGCGCAAAAUUGAUGAACCCGAAAGCGAGGAUGACAGUGAUGAGCACUGGGAGGAAGAAGAAGAUGAAGAAGAGGAGCAGCAGCAGCAGCAGCAGCAGCAGCAGAAAAAGGGAGGAAAAGACCAAGGAAAGAAGGGUGCAAAACUAGGUUUGAAAGAAGUGGAGGAGGAGGAGGAUGACGAUGAUGAAGAAGAAGAUGAUGAUGAUGAAGAAAUGGUUGACGACUAUGGUACACUUGAAGAUGGCAGCGGCGAAGAAGCAGCUGAAGAAGAGAGUGAUGGAGAGGAGCUCCUUCCUAUCGAGCGUGCAGCCAAGAAAGAGAAAAAGCUGAAGGAAACCAUGGGUCUAGAGAGUGAUGAAGAUGACGACGACGAUGAUGAAGAAGACGAAGACGACGAUGAUGAUGAUGACGAUGAUGAAAACAAAUCAGAUGCUGACAUGGAUGAGGAAGACACAGUUCAAGCCAACAUAGAUGAAAUGGAUAAAUUCAGGCUACCCGGGGCAGAGGAAAGUGAGAAGGAAGGUGUUUUGCCACUAGACCUGAAGACAAUCUAUCAAAGAAUAAAGGACAACAUUGAUGUCCUUUGUAAUUUUUCAACAAAAAGGGAGGAGGGUAAAGAGAGAGCAGAGUACAUCUCUCUUCUGAAGAAGGAUCUCUGCACCUAUUACAGCUACAACAACUUCCUCAUCGAGAAAUUAAUAGACCUCUUCCCUCUGUCAGAGCUGGUUGAUUUCCUCGAGGCCAAUGAAAUUCACAGACCUGUCACUAUUCGGACCAACACACUGAAAACGAGGAGGCGGGACCUUGCACAGGCCUUAAUCAACAGAGGAGUGAACCUUGAUCCACUGGGAAAAUGGUCCAAAGUGGGUUUGGUCAUCUACGACUCCUCGGUACCUAUUGGUGCCACUCCAGAGUAUCUGGCUGGUCAGUAUAUGCUGCAAGGAGCCUCCAGUUUCCUGCCAGUCAUGGCGCUCUCGCCACAGGAGGGAGAGCUUGUGUUGGACAUGAGCUCAGCUCCAGGAGGAAAGACCACCUAUAUUGCUCAGCUGAUGAGGAACACAGGGGUGAUAGUGGCUAACGACGCCAACGCUGACAGAUUGAAGAGUGUAGUUGGCAACAUCCACCGUCUGGGGGUCACAAACACAGUGGUUUGCAACUACGAUGGCAGGCAGUUCCCAAAGGUAAUGGGUGGGUUUGAUAGAGUGCUGCUUGAUGCUCCGUGCUCAGGCACAGGAGUCAUCGCUAAAGACCCCGCUGUGAAGACCAGUAAGGACGAGGCAGACAUCCAGCGCUCUGCCCACCUGCAGAAAGAGCUGAUUCUAUCUGCCAUUGACUCUGUUAAUGCUGAGUCCUCUACAGGAGGAUAUCUGAUCUACUGCACUUGUUCAAUAAUGGUGGAGGAGAAUGAAUGGGUGGUGGACUACGCUUUAAAGAAAAGGAAUGUGAAGUUAGUUCCCACUGGACUUGAUUUUGGCAAGGAAGGCUUCACCAGGUUCAAAGAACGUAGAUUCCAUCCUUCUCUCAAGCUCUCACGGCGGUUUUAUCCUCAUUCUCACAAUAUGGAUGGGUUUUUUGUGGCCAAGCUGAAGAAAUUCUCCAAUGUAAUCCCAACUGCACCCGCAGGGAAAGAAGAGGAGAAUGCAGAGGCUCCUGAGGCGACGGAGAUUACGGAUUCUCCUGAUGAGAAACCAUCCAAAAGUGACAAGAACAAGAAGACCGUCCCUGACAAGGCAGGCAACACAAAGGAAAAAGUCCAAGCCAAUGGAACAGCUGCCAAGAAAACCGCAAACAUCAAGCCAAAAGGCAAAAAGGGCUCACCUGCCGGACCAAAAAAAGCAAAGAUUGCCAAGAUGGAUGGAGAGACUGUGAAGAGGACGGGGGCCAAGAAGUCCACAGCGAAGGCAACUGAUGAGACUAAAACAUCAAAAGCUGACAAAAAGGAAGGGAGCAGAUUUGAGAAAAAGCAGGGCAAAAAGAGAAACACACCCACGAAAGCGAAGAAUAGAAUGGGAAAGAAUAAAUUCCAAAAGUUGAAGCACAUGCUGAAGAAACAAACCGGUGGAGACUGACCAUGUGUACAGUGUGUUGAAAUGUACUAGAUUAUGUAAGAGCUUUGUAGAGUUUCCUUACAGAGCGACCUCAGCCCAGACUUACCCUUCAGCUAAAGAGUAUUCAGGUCGGUGUCUUUUCUGAGAAGUCAUACUGUACUUGUCAGUCAAAUAUGAUUGUAACAGGACUGUGUACAGAUGAAUUGGACUGGUAAAAUAUACUCUCGCUAAUGUUGGGUCAUCCUUUUUUUUAUUUGUAUUACAGAAUAUUCAUUAUGUGUGUCUGUUGAUUUAAAUGCAAGGUGGGACGACAUCUGUAAAUCUGAGACAUAAUAAAUCUUUUAAGGUCA